AUGGAGGACUCCCAGCAGCUGGGGAUGUUUGUCGAAAGCGAACUGAUCUCGGUGGGCAUGGAUACGUUCAUCCACCGCAUAGACUCUACGGAAGUGAUCUACCAGCCCCGCCGGAAAAGGGCAAAGCUCAUAGGCAAGUACCUGAUGGGAGACCUGCUUGGGGAAGGAUCCUACGGCAAGGUCAAGGAGAUGCUGGACUCCGAAACCCUCUGUAGGAGAGCAGUCAAGAUCCUGAAGAAGAAGAAGCUGCGGAGGAUCCCCAAUGGGGAGGCCAAUGUUAAAAAGUAAGUGUUGGGGUUUUUUUGGGGGGGUGGGAGAGGGUUUGGGGGUGAGGGUAGGCCCAUACCUACAAAAAUUGAGCGUAGUUGUGUCUUCAUAGCACGUUGUUGUUGUUCUUUAGCCGUUUAGUCGUGUCCGACUCUUCGUGACCCCCUGGACCAGAGCACGCCAGGCACUCCUGUCUUCCACUGCCUCCCGCAGUUUAGUCAAAUUCAUGCUGGUAGCUUCGAGAACACUAUCCAACCAUCUCAUCCUCUGUCAUCCCCUUCUCCUUACGCCCUCCAUCUUUCCCAACAUCAGGGUCUUUUCCAGGGAGUCUUCUCUUCUCAUGAGGUGGCCAAAGUAUUGGAGUCUCAGCUUCAGGAUCUGUCCUUCCAGUGAGCACUCAGGGCUGAUUUCCUUCAGAAUGGAGAGGUUUGAUCUUCUUUCAGUCUAUGGGACUCUCAAGAGUCGUAGCACAUUACUGCAGAAUAAAGUAAAGGACCCCUGGACGGUUAAGUCCAGUCAAAGGCGACUGGGGUUGCAACGCUCAUCUCGCUUUCAGGCCGAGGGAUCCGGCGUUUGUCCACAGACAGCUUUCCAGGUCAUGUGACCAGCAGGACUAAACUGCUUCUGGCGCAGUGGGACACCAUGACCGAAACUAGAGUGCACGGAAAUACCAGGGAUGCGGGUGGCACUGUAGUGUAAACCGCUGAGCCUCUUGGGCUUGCCGAUCGGAAGGUCCGCAAUUCGAAUCACUGCAACAGAGUGAGCUCCCGUUGCUCUGUCCCGGCUCCUGCCAACCUUGCAGUUCGAAAGCAUGCCAGUGCAAGUAGAUAAAUAGGUACCGCUGUGGCGGGAAGGUAAACGGCGUUUCUGUGUGCUCUGGUUUCCAUCACGGUGUUCCAUUACGCCAGAAGCAGUUUAGUCCUGCUGGCCACAUGACCUGGAAAGCUGUCUGUUGACAAACGCCAGCUCCCUCGGCCUGAAAAGUGAGAUGGGCGCCGCAACCCCAGAGUCCCCUUGGACUUUCCAUGGGUCCUUUACCUUUUACCUUUACUGCAGAAUUCAUUCCCACAAGACAUAGUGGUGGCCGCCAACUUGGAUGUCUUUGAAAGAGGAUUAGACAGAUUGGAGGAUGCUGUCGAUGGGUUUUGUCCGGUGGCUGUGUUUUGCCUUCCCCAUUGGAGGGAAUUUUCUACUGCUGGAACUCAGAAGUGGGGAGAGUUGCUCUCUCGCUUAGGUCGUGCUUAUGGGUUUCCCAUGGGGCCAUCUGCUUGGCCAAUGUGAGAAGAGGAUGCCGGUCUCGAUGGCGCCCCCCCUUGGCCUGAUCUAGCAGGAAGGCUGUUAUGUUCUUAUUACAGCAAGCGCUGGGAACCUCUGGCCUAGGAGGAUACAUGCUGCCCUCUGCGUAAUUGCAAAGAAGUGGGAGAAGUGGGUGCGGAAAGGCAGGAAGGGAUGGGGGCACACAUUAGGCCAGGCGUGGCCAAACUUGGCCCUCCGGCUGUUUUGGGACUACAAUUCCCAUCAUCCCUGACCACUGGUCCUGUUAGCUACGGAUGAUGGGAGUUGUAGUCCCAAAACAGCUGGAGGGGCCAAGUUUGGCCAUGCCUACAUAAGGCCCAGCCCCCUCUCUCACUGCUGGUUCUGACCUACAGCGGAUUGCCCUUUCCCCUGAGGUUAUGUGGCCUUCGAAGGGGAAAUGGUUUGUACGUCUGAAAAACGUGUGGUUGUGAAGCAGAGAAAACAGCCAUCUGCUGGCGUUUCUGUCGUAAAAGUGGGAGCUCCAGGAUUGACUGUGGGGGUCCCACAGGACAGCCGUUGGAGGUAAGGGGGUUGGGGCAAUUUGCAAAUAUUAUGGUCUGCCACUGGCUGGCUCAACUCCCAUCUUCAGAUGUGUACUUGCUGGGUGGUCCUGCACCCUCUCCCCUUGUGAGUCUCUCUAGGUUUCUUUUGGUGCCUUGUCUGGGCCAGGGAAGUCUUGCUCUUUGAUGUUGCAAGGGCAUCUCCCCGCCAGUGUCUCCCCAGCUUCACUUUCCGGCACCUUUCAGUGGUGGGGUGCACUUGAGCGAAUCGCCUUCCAGGGAAUAACCAGAAACGGCAGAAAGAAACGAGAGCUGGAAUAUAGAUUGAAGCUCGACAAACCCACUGCCUCGCAAGCUAUAGAAAAUGCGACCGCAUCCUCUGGAGGCAUCUUGCGUGGUUGGAUAUUGUCGUGCUUGUGGGUUGUUCAAAGUGGUCUCCUGGGCAGCAGUUUCUCCCCAGUAGUAUUGGGCCGGUAUCCUCAAGAACAAGGGUGAUUAACUUGGGUGCCCUCCAGAUGUUUCUGGGACUACAACUCCCAGUCAGUGGUUGGACAUGAUGGGAGUUGUAUUCCAGCAGCUUCUGGAGGGCCAAUGAGUGCCUCUUCCCUUUGUGCUUCUGUAAUUGGCCAGGCAGCAUGAACCCUCUAGAUUGGCUGUGCAGGCGUAAACUCCAGCAGCACCUCCUCCUGCUUUGCUGGCUGUGGUUUCCUUCCUUUGCCCAGGUCCUUAGCUCCCAACAACUUAGGUAAAGGGACCCCUGACCAUUAGGUCCAGUCGUGGCCAACUCUGGGGUUGCGGCGCUCAUCUCGCUUUACUGGCCGAGGGAGCCGGCGUACAGCUUCCGGGUCAUGUGGCCAGCAGGACUAAGCCGCUUCUGGCGAACCAGAGCAGUGCACGGAAACGCCGUUUCCCUUCCCGCCGGAGCGGUACCUAUUUAUCUACUUGCACUUUGACGUGCUUUCGAACUGCUAGAUUGGCAGGAGCAGGGACCGAGCGACGGGAGCUCACCCCGUUGCGGGGAUUCGAACCUCCGACCUUCCGAUCGGCAAGUCCUAGGCUCUGUGGUUUAACCCACAGCGCCACCCCGCGUCCCUCCCAGCAACUUACAUCUGAGCUAAGUGAGCAGCUGCUGCAGCUCUGGGUUUAGGGAUCGGCUUGCCUGGGACUCUAGACUAGCCCUGACAGGCCCCUGUCCUCCGAAUCCAGGAAAUGCAACCAGGAUAACCUCAGUUGUGCAGGCAGAGGUGUGGAACUCCUUCCCCACAGAGCUGCACCUGUCACCUUCACUGAACAGCUUUCAGCAAAGACUGAUGGGGCACCUCUUUACCCUGGCCUUUGACACCUCAGGUGUCCUUUUCCAGGAUGCACCCUAUGCUUGUACCUGCAGCCUGUUCUGCCUGGGUUUCACACUGGUUUUUAAAUUGUUGUAACCUGCCCUGGGACCUGCUGGCGAACAAUAAUAAUAAUAAUAAUAAUUUAUUAUUUAUACCCCGCCCAUCUGGCUAGGUUUCCCCAGCCACUCUGGGCGGCUUCUAAAAGAAUAUUAAAAUACUGUGAUACAACAAGCCCUGCCACGUCCUUGCCAGCCUAGGAAAACAGUGCAAUGCUGUUGAGGCUUGCCUGGGACCAGCACUUCGCAGCCAGUAGAGGCAACCCAUGUUUCCUCAGGCGCCUGUGGCCCUUCAGACGUUGCUAGCAAUGUUAGAAACUCAGGUGUGUAAGCUAAUUGCCAAAUGGCACCUUAAACCUGGGUUACGGUCGCCACAGUGGAAUGUCUAGGCACUUUCCUUUUCUUUUUUUGCUGUGGAAUCUAUUUUUUAUUAUUCAUUCCAAUAACACUUUGUAUUUUAAAGAAAAACAUCACAAACAUGUUAAAAGAUUACCGGUACAUAAAAAAGAUCCAGACUAAAAGAAAUGCAAGCUUCAAGGAAAAUAUUUCAGAUACUUCUGAAAGUUACAUUUUUUCUUUUCCCAUACAGUAGAACCUCGGCUUACGUUACCCUCGGGUAACAUAAACUUUGGGUUGUGAAAGCAAGAAACCCGGAAGUAUUUUUCCGGGUUUCGCCACUCGAGCAUGCACAGAAACACGCGGCGCGCACAUGCGCAGAACAGGCACCUCCGGUUGCAGAAACCUCGGGAUCCGACCAGAGCUCCGGAACGGAUCCCGUCGGUAACCGGAGGUACCACUGUUUUUAUUUGCCUACUUAAUUUGUAGAGCUGCCCCAUAGCAGAAUGACUCUAGGAAGCCAUUGAGGUGUAGUAGUUAGAUUGUUGGACCAGGACCUGGGAGAUCAGGGUUCAAAUCCCCACUCCGUCAGGAAUCUCACGGAGUGACCUUGGAGCCAGUCACAGCCUCUUAACUUACCUUACAGGGUCGUCCUAGGAAUAAAAGAGGGGGUUGGUAAACAGUGUACUUUUUGUGACCUUUUGGACUACAAUUCCCAUCAUCCACGACCUCUGGCCCUGAUAGCUAGGGAUGAUGGGAGUUGUAGUACAAAAGCGGGUAGAGACGCAAGUUUAGAAAACCCUGGUGUAGACAGCACUGAACUAGACGGAGCAACUGGUCUGACUUGGUAUAAGAUAAGACAGUUCCCUGCAUUUCUGUGUCAGUUCUGCAGUUAAAUAUUACUGGGGGAGUCUAAUCCAGCUAGUAUCUCCCCCCUCACCCUGGGCUGGUGCAUCCUCACCUGCCUGCCUUCACAAUCCUUCCUCCAUGUGCCCCCGCAGUUCUCCCAGGCCUUUUAAAUGUGAGGGUCCACCUUAUCAAUAAAGGUAAAGGGACCCCUGACCAUUAGGUCCAGUCGUGACCGACUCUGGGGUUGCGGUGCUCAUCUCGCUUUAUUGGCCAAGGGAGCCGGCGUUCAGCUUCCGGGUCCUGUGGCCAGCAGGAAUAAGCCGCUUCUGGCGAACCAGAGCAGCGCACGGAAACGCCGUUGACCUUUCCGCCGGAGUGGUACCUAUUUAUCUACUUUCAUUUUGGCGUGCUUUCGAACUGCUAGGUUGGCAGGAGCAGGGACUGAGCAACGGGAGCUCACCCCCUCGCAGGGAUUCGAACCGCCGACCUUCUGAUCGGCAAGUCUUAGGCUCUGUGGUUUAACCUUAUCAAUAGCCCACCCCAAAAAAAGAACCCAGGUAUGGGUAUCUGAAAAUACUGCCACACUGCCAACCCCUGCCCCCCAAAACAAGCUGGUUUCCUCUUUAAAAGCCAGCACCUACCCAGCUUGUUCCGGCAUCUGCUGCGCGUCAACCCCCGUGGGGUUUUUCUGCCUCUUUAGGCAAUCUUGGAUAAACGCCUGGAUGGAGACGUUCGCCUGCCUUGUCCAUCUUUUUGCGCCUGGCUCAUGGGGGGUGGGGGCUGUGAGCGCUGCCGCCAGUGAAUCCGCUUCGCUCUAUCAUUGCUUCUUCAGACAGGCCUUCAGAACCAGGUUUUCUUUUCGCUUCUGGAGAAAUGAGAUCUGGGGGGGGGGGGAUCGAAACCACCCCCAAAAAACCAGCUUAUCCGCAUCGCCUUUUGAGGUUCCAUCUGUGCAGGAGGCUGAGAAGGUGGUUUUGUGCCGACCUGAGGCCUUCCUGAUGUUUCGGCCGAAGCUCUCAUCACAUCAGCCCCUCUGCGCUGAUGGGAAUCGAACUCCAAGCAAGCUGUGGUCCUCCAUCGCCGCCCCUCUUCUCUCUCGUCUAUCUUUGCUAUUUAUUUUUUUUAAAAUAAUAUUUAUUACUUUCCAACAAAUUAGACAUUACAUAGAAAAAGAAAAUAAACAAUACAAUACAAAACCAAUACCUAACACUAAACUAACAAAAACAAUUUAAACUAAGAAAACAAAACAAAAGCAAUUUAAAACACAUCAAAUAGUUUCAAUCUUUCAUUCACUUGUUUCCAUGACCUCCUCACACCUCCCUUUUUGUAUUCCACUUCUAUUAGUUGUUUCAGCAAUUCCUUUCCAUCUUCCUCUGCUUUCUAUCCUAUAAUUAUCUUAACACGUUUUGACCUUAUUUUCCCCUUUAAUUCUCUAUUAAUCUAUUUAUACUUAAUUCCUUACAACAUUUCUGCUGAAGCCAUAUAACUUCAUUCCAACAUUUUUCUAACAUUCAUUGAUUUUACAAUAUUUCUGUAAAUAGUCUUUAAACUUUUUCCAAUCUUCUUCCACCAACUCUUCUCCCUGGUCUCGGAUUCUGCCAGUCAUUUCCGCCAAUUCCAUAUAGUGCAUCAACUUCAUCUGCCAUUCUUCCUGGGUGGGUAAAUCUUGUGUCUCUUUGCAAGUGCUAUUUACUCAGAAUGUUCCUCUGUGCAAAUGCAGUUUAAAAGUUUAAAAGGAAGGAGAGACAGGUUGCCAUUUCAUCACAUCCUGGGGCUGUAUCUCCCUCCCAGGCAAGUUUAGUUCCAGGGAUCUCUCUCCUUCACAUGAAACAGUCCAAAAGCAUUAGGGAUGAUAUGCAGGUGUUCACACAUGCUUUACAUGUGGUUUUAUAUUCUGAUUUUAUCCUGCCCUGAGACAUGCAGGGAUAGGGGUUGCCGUACAUCUAAUCUCCCGGUCAUCGCUUCAAUUUCUUUUGAGAUUUUGCAAAAGAAAAAGCUGGACAAAUUUGGGCAAAGCGAAUUGUGUACAGAUUUUCACUUUUUGAAAUACGGCGAGCCUAGUAUAGGGUGUUAUGUAUAGUGGUACCUUGGUUUACGAAGUUAAUCCGUUCCGGAAGUCCGUUCUUAAACCAAAGCGUUCUGCAUAAAGUUUUGUAUUAAAUGUUCAUUGCUUGACAGAGCUGACCCCAUUAUUUACACCACUUUCUGCUAUGUACUCUUCAUAUUUUUAGAACAAAAAUGCAACCAGUGAAAGUCACCACGGUCAGAGUAGUUAGGCUCGAGACAUUCACUGAUGAUUUACUGGUGAUCGCUUUUCUACAUAAAAAGGCAACCAUAAUUUUAAGUGAUAGUUGUUGUUGUUGUUGUUUAGUCGUUUAGUCGUGUCCGACUCUUCGUGACCCCCUGGACCAGAACACGCCAGGCCCUCCUGUCGUCCACAGUUUGGUCAGACUCAUGUUCGUAGCUUCGAGAACACUGUCCAACCAGUGAUAGACAUUAGGCUAGUAGAAAAAGAUUGAAGCAAACUUCAUCUCAAUUCAAGGAGCAUGCAGAGAAUAGCUUAUAUACCUGCGUUUCUAACACUAGUGUAAAGGUUGGAGUUAGCUGGCAAUGGAAUGCAAAAGGUAGACUCUGUGGCAGUUCAGUUAGAGCAUAAAUAGAGGCAAAACGGCCUUUUGCAACAGCAGUCAUAGGUAAUAAUGCAUCCUGAGUAGUAUUGCUAAGUAAAUUAACCUUCAUAGCAAGGCAGAAAGCCAUUGUCUUUUUUCUGACACAAAUGGGGGAAAAUAGAGGUUUUGAUUCAGCACCCUUACGCCAAAGUUCUCUUGUUCUCAGGCUGAUGCCUUCAGAUAAGAUAAGGAACAGAGUGACCUGGUGGACUGAAAUGUUCGUGUUCUGGUUUCUGGAUAAUGUGCCAUUUCUGAUGUCAGAUUACUGUGCAUAGUUCUCCUUUUGUGGAUCCUGCACCCCCUCCCCGCGUUCUGGAUAUGCCAGCUUAAAUACAGAAGAGCUUCACCCUAGCUGUUGACAAUGAAAGUUUCCAUCAUCCCCUUCUAGGGAUGCGAGUGGUGCUGUGGCCUAAGCUACUAAGCCUCUUGGGCUUGCUGAUUGGAAAGUUGGCGGUUCGAAUCCGUGCAACACUGGUGAGCUCCCGUUGCUCUGUCCCAGCUCCUGCCAACCUAGCAGUUCGAAAGCACGCCAGUGCAAGUAGAUAAAUAGGUACUGCUGCGGCAGGAAGGUAAAUGGCAAUUCUGUGUGCUGCUCUGGUUCGCCAGAAGCGCUUUAGUCCUGCUGGCCGCAUGACCUGGAAAGCUGUCUGUGGACAAAUGCCGGCUCCCUUGGCCUGAAAGCGAGAUGAGCACUGCAGCCCCAUAGUCACCUUUAACUGGACAUAGAUGUCCAGGGUCAUUUAUCCUCUUCUGGAUAAUUCUAGAGCCCACAGCUAGCUUUGGCAAAGUUAUAAGGCUUAGAAAUACAGGGUGAGUCCUUUAAAGAGCCCCCGUGGAUAUAGAAUACACAUGUUCCAGGGGGCCUCUUUUAAAAGACUCACCCUGUAUAAGUUGCGUGUGUUAAGUUUCACAACAGAGAAUGGAAACACCUGCAAGGUUAAAGUCCCCAUUUUGUUUGCGUGUGUUGUGUUAUUUCUGAGCUGUGUGCUUUUCAAGUACCCUCCUCCAUAACUCUUCUCUUUUUUUUGCCUUGCUCAGUCGGUGGAGCAUGAGACUCUGUAAUUUCAGGGUUGUGGGUUCGAGCCCCACAUCGGGCAAAAGAUCCCUGCAUUGCAGGGGGUUUGGACUACAUGACCCUUAGGGUCCCUUCCAACUCUGCAAUGCUGUGAUUUUGUGAUUCUGCCUGCUCCCUUGCCAGGGCUUACAUGACUAAGCCUGGCAGGCAACUACCCCGACAAUUACCUCCGGGCUUUUGCCCGUGAAGUCAGUGCCUCCGUUUAAGACUCUGCCGCUUGUUAUUUAUUAAUUUGUGACAUCACCUUCCACGUAUAUCGUCCCAGGGAGAUUUGCAGACACAUCCUUAAAAACAGCAGAAAUAAAGUUGCAGGCAGUGCAAGGGGAACCGGGUAUAGUAAUAAUAAAUAAUAAAUUUUAUUUAUAUCCCACCCUCCCCAGCUGAAGCCGGGCUCAGAGCGGCUAACAACAGUAAAACGAUAAAACAUUCUAAAAUCAUUUCAUUAUAAAAUUAAUUCCAAUCAAAUUAAUGGCAACCAUUGGGCUAGAAGUUCUGUGAGGAUUGCCAAAGGAGGGGGUCAGGCUGUGCCCUGGCUAAAAGCCUGGUGGAACAGCUCCGUCUUGCAGGACCUGCGGAAAGAUGUCAAGUCCCGCAGGGCCCUGGUCUCUUGUGACAGAGCGUUCCACCAGAUCGGAGCUACGGCCGAAAAAGCCCUGGCUCUGGUUGAGGCCAGCCUAACCUCUCUGUGGCCUGGGACCUUCAAGAUGUUUUUGUUUGAAGUUCCUCUGUGGGACAUACCAGGAGAGGCGGUCCCGUAGGUACGAGGGUCCUAGGCUGUAUAGGUCUUUGAAGGUUAAAACCAGCACCUUAAACCUGAUCCUAUACUCCACUGGGAGCCAGUGCAGCUGGUAUAGCACCGGGUGAAUGUGAGUUUAAUAGUGACACAGCAUGAACUUCGCAGGGGGUUGGACUAGAUGACACAUUUUGCCUGUUUCUGACUCUACAAUUCCGCGAUUCCAACACCUGAAAUGUGGGAGUGCUUGUCAGCCAGCUGGAAAAGCUUCUCAACGUAAAGAAACAAAAACAAAACAGCUUUAGGAAAUUGCGGACAAGCAAGUAGUCCCUGCCCUUCCUUGACAGGGGUUAAGCCGCGGGCAACCGGAGUGGCUGUUCCUUCCAAAGGUUGUUGAACGAAAAUUCCCAUCACCCCUGACCUUUGACCCAGGUGGCUCCCGGGGCUGAUGGGAGUUGGAGUCUGAGAUCACCUGGAGGGCAGCGUGUCUUCUACCCCUGUAAGCAGAAUGCAGAGUUCCCAGUGAAGGUGGAAGAACUGAUGAGAGUCCCUUGCUAAGUUUAGGCCCCUGCAUCUGUUGCGGCCCAUCUUGCAGUACUGUAAGCAACAGCUGUGGCCUUUGCUCUGUUGCGAGAAGCUCUUCCUGGACAUCCACUGCCUUUCCAGUUCCUUUUUAGCUCUGGUGCGCCUAGUUCCUCUGAGGUCGGGCUUUGCAGCUCAGCGUAAGGCAGGCUUUCAUUCUUUCCGUUCCCCUUCUCUUUCCCCUGCUCGCAUCCACCCCAGUCAAACUUGGCUAAGACCAGCUUGAAGGCAACACUGGAAUACUCCCGUAUACCUGAAGGAGCGUCUCCACCCCCAUCGUCCAGCCCUGAUACUGAGGUCCAUCUCCUGAGGUCCUUCUGGCGGUUCCCUGCCUGCGAGAAGUAAAGCUACAGGGCACCAGGCAGAGGGCCUUCUCGUUGGUGGCGCCCGCCCUGUGGAACGCCCUCCCGUCAGAUGUCAAAGCGAUAAACAACUACCUGACAUUCAGAAGACAUCUUAAGGCAGCCCUGUUCAGGGAAGUUUUUAAUGUGUGACAUUUUAGUGUAUUUUUGGUCUCUGUGGAAGCCGCCCAGAGUGGCUGGGGAAACCCAGCCAGAUGGGUGGGGUACAAAUAAUAAAUAAUAAUAAUUAUUAUUAUUAUUAUUAUUAUUUUAUUAUUAUUUUCCUAGCGGUCAUUUCUCCUCUGGUCACUGCUGUGGAUGUACAAACUGACUCCUAUCUCCAGGCACUGUGGUCGUCUGUAAGGUUUUCCCCCAUGGCAGGGUUGGCGUUGCCAGCUUUCAUGCCACGUUUGCAGACGUCUGCCAGUGGGCCUGGGGCCAGAAGUCAGCUCCCCAUAGCAUAGAGCAUGUCCUUGGGGGAUCCUGCCAUCUUCCAUUCUGUGGACGUGACGUCGCUGAGACAGGAGUGGGAACGUAUGGGAAAUGUGGGCUCAGGAGAACACAUCUUUGUGUGGAAUUCUGUCCUGACAUGUUGUUGAUGCUUAGUCGGGUCCGACUCUUCGUGACCCCAUGGACCUGAGCACGCCAGGCCCUCCUGUCUUCCCGCAGUUGGGUCAAACUCAUGCUGGUAGCUUCAAGAACACUGUCCCACCAUCUCGUCCUCUGUCGUCCCCUUCUCCUUGUGCCCUCCAUCUUUCCCAGCAUCAGGGUCUUUUCCAGGGAGUCUUCUCUUCUCAUGAGGUGGCCAAAGUCUUCAGGAUCUGUCCUUCCAGUGAGCACUCAGGGCUGAUUUCCUUCCGAAUGGAGAGGUUUGAUCUUCUUGCAGUCCAUGGGACUCUCAAGAGUCUCCUCCAGCACCAGAAUUCAAAAGCAUCCAUGCUUCGGCGAUCAGCCUUCUUUAGGGUCCAGCUCUCACUUCCAUACAUCACUACUGGGAAAACCAGAGCUUUAACUAUACGGACCUUUGUCGGCAAGGUGAUGUCUGUGCUUUUUAAGAUGCUGUCUAGGUUUGUCAUCGCUUUUCUCCCAAGAAGCAGGCGCCUUUUAAUUUCGUGACUGCUGUCACCAUAAGAUACCCCAAAUCUUCCUGACACAGCACAUGCGGAAGGCCUUGAGGCAUCUCUCCUGGUGGGUGUAAGUUGCCCAUGACUCACUUCCAUAAAGCAGCGUGCUCAACACACAAGCCUAGUAGACCUUCAUCUCGGUUCUGGAUGUUAGCAGUUAAGAACAUUGAAAGGGUCUGGCUCAUAGCUGUCAGCCUUCCCUUUUUUUGCAGGGAAUUCCCUUAUUCCAGCGUCGUUUCCCACUGCUAUCCUGGAGUGUUAGAUAUCCUGUAGACUGUCCCUGGGACAGGUGAGGCUGCUGAUCCCUUAUUUUCAAAUCUGAAUGUUGACAUCUAUGGUCCGGCUGCUGGAUCAGGCCAGGAGGGUGGAGCUAGCAUCUACUCUAGCAUCCUGUUCUCACAGUAGCCUGUGCAAUUCACAGCAGCUUCCUCCUUCGAAUUGGUCUCAUCUCCAUUUAAAGCCUUCAGAGUCAUUGGCCCUCACUGCCUCUCAUGGCAAUGUCAUCAUUUGACCAUGUGCUCUGUGAGGGAGGAGUUACUUUUGUCUGUUCAGCUUCCUUGGGUAUCCCAGAGUAUUAGGAGAGAGGCUUAUUUGUUUACGUUUGAGCAUUUUUCUAAAGGGCUUAAUAUAUAUAUUUUUAAUGUCUUAAGCUGUGUGCAAAUAGCCGUUACGUUCCAAAGCAUAAAGCACAGCAGUGCAGAAUUCCUCUUUUGGGGGUCAUUGCCAUAUGGUAUUCUGUUUCUAUCCUAGGUCCCCUUUUACACUGUGCAUUUUAAACAGUGUCUUGUUGCUUUAAACAAUCCUGGGAGCUGUGGUUUGUUAAAGAUGCUGAGUGUUGUUAGCAGACCCCUAGCCACCUCACGGAGCUACAAUUUCCAAAGUGGUUUAGCAGUCAGUCCUGCUUCCCAGGGAGCUCUUGGGAAUGUGGAUGUGUGACUUCACUGUGUGUGUGUGUGUUUACAGUGGCCCAGCCUUAAUGGCUCUCCCAUGGUGAACAAGAUCUCCAGGCAGCUGUUAAGGAAACUUUUGCAAUCUGGAAAGGAUUCCCACCCACCCCCAUCGUUCCUGGGAUAGCUCAGCCCUGUAGAGCACAAGACUCUUAAUAACAAGGUUGUGGGUUCGAGCCCCACAUGGGGCAAAAGUUUCCUUCAUUUCGGGAGGCUGAACUAGAUGACGCUUGUGGUCCCUUUCCAACUCUACAGUUCUGUGGUUUUGCAGGAUGUCUGUCAGUAAUGAGAGAUAACAGUGGAAAUUCUCCUGGGGUGUGAAAAUUUCUGUGGGCUCAUUUGCACGGCCUACCAUAUUGGUUUUAGUCGGUUGAUCAAGAUGGAUUGGGUUUAAGAAGAACAGAUUUGCUGAGUAGGUGCCCUUAACUGGCCCACAAGUAUUUUGUUUUUUAAGUGAUGUACCAUAGUGCAUACGACGCGGGUGGCACUGUGGUCUAAACCACUGAGCCUAGGACUUGCCGAUCAGAAGGUCGGCGGUUCGAAUCCCUGCGACGGAGUUAGCUCCCGUUGCUCUGUCCCAGCUCCUGCCAACCUAGCAGUUCGAAAGCACCUCAGAGUGCAAGUAGAUAAAUAGGUACCGCUCCAGCGGGAAGGUAAACGGCAUUUCCGUGCGCUGCUCUGGUUCGCCAGAAACAGCUUAGUCCUUCUGGCCACAUGACCCAGAAGCUGUACGCCGGCUCCCUCGGCCAGUAAAGCGAGAUGAGCGCCGCAACCCCAGAGUCCUCCGCGACUGGACCUAAUGGUUGGGGGUCACUUUACCUUUUUACCAUAGUGGAAUUGGCCAUACACAGAUCAUUGAAUUGUAGAGCUGGAAGAGACACCAAGGGUCAUCUAGUCCAACCCUCUGAUAGUCCCAGAUUCAAGCCCUGACCUCUCCAGGUCAGGCUAGGGGAGACCCCCUGCUUGAGCCACCCCCUGCCCUGUUUCACACCCUCCUAGGGUGGUUUUGCGUGGAAAUGGGUCCUUGAACUUCAGUCAUGCCGCUUGCUUCCUUGGACGGAUGGCAUGUGUGUAGCAACUAGCCUACUGUACAAAGGUAAACAUCACCUUGCUCCGCCCACCUUUGCCCCUAGCCCCUCCCACUGUCACUGCGGCCUCUGGGAGGAAAUGUGGCCCUCAAAGUGAAAAGAGUUAUCUGCUUUGAGUUCCUGUACUCUGCCGUUCAAUAGAGCAGCACACCUGAAUUAGUGGCUGGGGACAAACGUCCCUCUCUGGCUCUCUGGGAGAAGCUUCUUGAUCACGCCAGGGGAGGUUUAUUUUUCUCUUUUCCCCUCCUCUCUCUCUCUCCCACUGCCGCUGUUUUUCGCUUGCUGAUUUGGCCAUCUGGCUGCCUUUGGCUACCGGCCAGAUUCCAACAUCCUGCCUUGUCAUGGUGACGGUAAACAGAGGGGGAGAUCCUUGCGUGAACCUGUCGGCCGUGCAAGGCGGACUUCUUGUCCUUUUAAAGAACCCGUUGCUAGGCAAUGCUGGCCGGAGCUUUGAAGCUGGGCCCAGAGAUGAAGUCCUAAGGAAAAGGGUCUGGGAGGUAGACAGUCCGUGGGUAAGCCUUGGCUUAGCCUUAACCCACCUGGGGCGCUACAGAUGUUUCAGCAGGGAUGUGAUUUUUGGAUGCAGUGGGUUCUUCUCCCUGGGCUACAAAGCCAGUGUUAGAAACUCAGGUGUGUCUGUGUGUGUGUGUGUGUGUACACACACACACACACACAUAUAUAUAUAUAUACACACACACACAGUGGUACCUCGGGUUAAAUACUUAAUUCGUUCCGGAGGUCCGUACUUAACCUGAAAGUGUUCUUAACCUGAAGCACCACUUUAGCUAAUAGGGCUUCCUGCUGCCACCGCGCCGCCAGAGCACCAUUUCUGUUCUCAUCCUGAAGCAAAGUUCUUAACCUGAAGCACUAUUUCUGGGUUAGCGGAGUCUGUAACCUGAAGCGUAUGUAACCUGAAACGUAUGUAACCCGAGGUACCACUGUAUGGCUAACCACCAAAUGGCCCCUCAAACCUGGGUUACGGUCGCCACACCAGAAUAGGUGCCUUUCUUUAAAUGAAAUCAUUAUUAAUUUCAUUUCUAUACCACUUUUUAUUUUAAAGGGGGGGGGGAAUCUCAGAGUGGUUUACAACAUAUUCAAGCAUCAAAUAAAACAAUCCAGAAAGAAACAAAUUCAAGCUUCAAGGAAAAUAUUUCAGACAAUCGGCUCUCCCCCCCGCCAAUUUAUUUACCUACUUAAUUUAUAGAGCUGCCCCAUCAAAGAAGUACAGCCAUACCUCAAAAGUCAAACGGAAUCCAUUCCGGAAGUCCAUUCGACUUCCAAAAUGUUCGGGAAUCAAGGUGUGGCUUCUGAUUGGCUGUAGGAAGCUCCUGUAGCCAAUUGGAGGCUGCGACGGACAUUUGGGUCCCAAAGAACGUUCGCAAACCGGAACAAUCACUACCAGGUUUGCGGAAUUUGGGAGCCAAAAUGUUCGUCUUGCGAGAUGUUCGACUUCCGAGGUACAACUGUACUCUGGGAAAGCAGGGUGGUGUAGUGGUAGGACCUGGGAGAAUUCCAAUCCUUCGAAACCUUUGCUCUGCCACUAUGCCACUCAGCUACAGCUGUUCUCCAAAGGGAUGUAGGCCAGACUCUGUGUGUGUGUGUGUGUGUGUUAUUUCCCCCGCUAUGUUUGUGUGUGUGGCUUGGCUCGCUUGCACAAGUUACCUUGUCCCGGACACCCUUGAUGCACUUUUCCCCUGCAGCGUGUGGCUGCCUCCUGCCGGUGGCGCUUUGCCUGGUUCCGGAUGGUUCUGGCCCCUGAGCAGGGGUCAGCAGCCUUUUUCAGCCAUGGGCCGGUCCACCGUCCCUCAGACCAUGUGGUGGGUCGGACUAUAUUUUGAAGGGGGGGAAAUGAGCAAGUUCCUAUGACCCACAAAUAACCCAGAGAUGCAUUUUAAAAACAGUGGUACCUCGGGUUACAUACGCUUCAGGUUACAGACUUCGCUAACCCAGAAAUAGAACCUCAGGUUAAGAACUUUGCUUCAGGAUGAGAACAGAAACCGUGCUCUGGCGACGCGGCAAGCAGCAGGAGACCCCAUUAGCUAAAGAGGUGCUUCAGGUUAAGAACAGUUUCAGGUUAAGAACGGACCUCCGGAACGAGUUAAGUACUUAACCCGAGGUACCGCUGUAAAAGGACACAUUCUAGUCACGUAAAAACACCAGGCAGACCCCACAAAUAACCCAGAGGUGCCUUUUAAAUCAAAGGACACAUUCUACUCCUGUAAAAACACGCUGGUUCCCGGACCGUCCGUGGGCCAGAUUGAGAAGGCGAUUGGGCCGGAUCCGGCCCCCGGGCCUUAGGUUGCCUACCCCUGGGCUAGCAGCUCAACCCAAGGUGUCUGUCCAACCUGCAGCUGCACAGAGAUGGCAGCAGUGAGCGGCUACAGCUUCCUUUAUAUGGUGUCCUGCAAUUUGCACUGUCAGAAUACUGCAGCUGUCCACAACAUUUAACUUGGGAGUGAGCCAGGAAGCGGACAGGGCCUUGCUCCGAGGGGUGGGGGAGUGGGCAGACAUGGCCCAAAACCGCAGGAAGAAACAGUCUGUCCCCUUGUACCAGCGCAGCAUCCCCUGCUUGGCAGCUGGAGCCUCCUCACGAGUCGCCUUUUCUCUCUCUCUCUCCCUUCCUGCUGCCAAUCAGCUGUUCCCUUCCCCCAAAGCUUGACACAGAGCUGAGUCGCUCUUCCUGUUUUUGAGCUUUUGGGUGUCAGAAUGAAGCAACAGAGGUUGCCAAGAACUGGCAGCCUGAACCGCAGAGGAAGGCCGGGCGCAGGGUGGGAGGGAGGGGGGCGGAUUCUCUAGAAAUCAAAGCGCCCCUUUGCGUCGCUGGCUUAGCCUCGCAAGUGCUUUGCAAAACACUUUGCGCAAGCCUCUUGCAACAAGACAGCGCUGGCCAGGAUUCUCCCAACAUGCCAUUCCUGCAAAGAAGGGGGAGCUCGAGGCCACGGCGAAGGACUUGCAAGCAAUAAAGCUCGCAGCAAGGAUUUCCGGAGGUUUAGUAGCAGCUAGGGACGCAGGUGGUGCUGUGGGUUAAACCACAGAGCCUAGGGCUUGCCGAUCAGAAGGUCGGCGGUUCGAAUCCCCGCAACGGGGUGAGCUCCCAUUCCUCGGUCCCUGCUCCUGCCAACCUAGCAGUUCGAAAGCACGUCAAAGUGCAAGUAGAUAAAUAGGUAUCGCUCCGGCGGGAAGGUAAACGGCAUUUCCAUGCGCUGCUCUUGUUCGCCAGAAGCGGCUUAGUCCUGCUGGCCACAUGACCCAGAAGCUGUACGCCGGCUCCCUCGGCCAGUAAAGCGAGAUGAGCGCCGCAACCCCAGAGUCGGUCACGACUGGACCUAAUGGUCAGGGGUCCCUUUACCUUUACCUACGAUGCUAUAAGAUCCACUGUCCUGUGAUAUCAUAUAUGAGUUUGUACUACUGAUGAAGCCCAGGACGGCGAAACAAGGCUAAUAUUCCAGAAAUCCUUGUCUUAGACUCUGUGAAAGGAUUCUGUGAAACUGCAACAACCUUUCGUGUGAAUUCUUGGACUCUAUGAACAGACAGGUGGAAUAGACACUUUCACAUAUAUGGACCUUAUGCAUAAACUGAUUAGAGAAUGAACUGAUCCACUGGGUCUCCUACUUUCUUCGUUGAACUUUAUGAGCCACUUCUGUUGAUAUCUACAAUUCAAUACACUGAAUAGUAUAUAUUAAUUUUUCAAACGUACAGCCGGUUACGUCUUGUAUGUUUAUGGAUUACAUAGACCAGGCAUGUCCAGCCAGUAGAUCCCCGGCUGGUCCUGGUAGAUCACGAGACCCAUAUCGAUCGUGGGAUUAAAUAAAGUUUACCAAAAGUUAACAAAUAAAAGCUGAAGAACUCUGGGUGAUCCUACCCCCCAAAAAGCUCAACAGCUCCGGGCAAUCCACCCACCCCACGCACGCUCCUCCUCCCUCCAAUGAAUAGAUCACUGCCAGUUUUUUUCAUACUGGGAGUAGAUCACAGUCUCUUGGGAGUUGUACAUGCCUGAUGGACCAUUGGCCUUAUCUGGCAGGCCCUUCUGAUAUUCUUACGUUGCAUUUAAGGUUAAGGGACCCCUGACCAUUAGGUCCAGUUGUGGCCGACUCUGGGGUUGUGGCGCUCAUCUCGCUUUACUGGCCGAGGGAGCCGGCGUACAGCUUCCGGGUCAUGUGGCCAGCAGGACUAAGCCGCUUCUGGCGAACCAGAGCAGCACACGGAAACGCCGUUUACCUUCCCGCCGGAGUGGUACCUAUUUAUCUACUUGCACUUUGACGUGCUUUUGAACUGCUAGGUUGGCAGGAGCAGGGACGGAGCAACGGGAGCUCACCCCGUCGUGGGGAUUCGAACCGCCGACCUUCUGAUCGGCAAGUCCUAGGCUCUGUGGUUUAACCCACAGCGCCACUCGCAUCCCUCUUAGGUUGCAUAGGUGUGCUUUAUCCCCCAAACGCAUGGACCCACAAGUGCUGAGUGCUAUGUGGAGUCAGGAGGGGAGAGUUGCGCUUGUGGUCGGAUCCUGCCUGUGGGUUUCCCGUUGGGGUAUAGAAUAAUAGACUCAUCUGGUUGGCCACUGUGAGAACAGAAUGCUGCUCUUCUGGUGUUCUUAGAGAAGGGUGGGUUCAGAGAGCAACCUCCGGCGGUGCCUGCAACAAGGAACAGUCUCUGCGCCUCCAUUCUCUCCCCAGGAACAGAAUUCAUUCCUAGAGCGAAGGCAGCGGACUCCCUUGACUCCCUCUGCAAAGAGGAGGUUGCUUUGGUCACCUGCAUAUAUAUAUAUAUAUCUUUCUCUCUCUUUCCUUCCAGGGAAAUUCAGCUCCUUCGGCGGCUACGGCACAAGAACGUCAUCCAGCUGGUUGACGUCUUGUACAAUGAAGAGAAGCAGAAGAUAUAUCCUUUCUCCCCUGUCUGA